UUUUUUUUUAAAUGUCCCUACUUUGCUGAGGACUCGGGCCAUCUCAAAGGUUCCGGUGGUAUCCAUGUUGGCGGCGAUGAUGGGGAUUCCAGAGUACGUCUGCUUCGAGUUGCGGAAUGUGAAAGUCCUCUGCAGAUAAGACGAUCCGGAGCCGAAGAAAACGACGACGACGUUGGCGGCGACGGCAGCGGCGAGCGUACUUUUGCCCUGCGGUGACGCAAGGAGGCGCGCAAUCAAGCGACACGCGGGGCUGUGCAGCUGCCACGUCCUUAAACGGAAGCGCGAGGAUGAUGCAGUACAUGCAGACUUGAAAAGUAAAGCUAUGAGAGACUUCUGGCUGAGUGGUCGCCACGCAUCUUCGCGCUGUCGUCUCGCACAACAGAGCUCGACACAGGCGCAGCGUCUCCUCUCCCGGACGUAAAAAGCAGGAAAAUGCUGCGCUCUAACGAGGAAGCGAGCGUGAGGAGGCGCGGUGGGCUGGUGUAGCGUCUUCUUUUUGAAGGUGCGAAGGACCGUUUUGUCUCGGAAGCGGGGGAAAAAAAUAAUACAUACGCAUCAAGGAUGUCCACCUCGCCUAGUGCAGCCGAGGGGAGCCAGAGGAACUCUUUGGAAGUGGAGCGCGGCGGCGACAACGCUGCGAAGGCGCCGGCGGGCGCCGAAUCCGCCGGCGGGCAGCUGAAGCUGAGGGACAGACACAAGUUGCUGGAGGAGGCCUUCCAGCAGGACGUGGAGCAGUACCUGUCCACGGGAUACCUGCAGAUCGCCGAGAGGCGAGGGCCAAUAGGCAGCAUGUCGUCCAUGGAGGUGAACGUGGACAUGCUGGAGCAGAUGGACCUGAUGGACAUGUCGGACCACGAGGCGCUCGACGUCUUCCUGCACUCGGGCGGCGAGGACAACAGCGCCACCUCGCCCGUCGCAGGCCCCGACUCGCUGACGACGGAGAUCAGCCUGCAGGUUCCCACUCAGGUCGAGCUGCGCGACAAGCUGUCGUCUUUGUCGUCCACGUGCGCACGCCGUGACGGCGACGAGGAAGACGAUGAUGAAGAAGAGGACGAGGAGGAAGAGGAGGGAGGGGCUAGGGCGACAACGAGGAGGAGGAGGAGGAAGAGGGCGCCCCCUCUGGUGAUGGCGCCCGAUUGUGGCAGCGGGACCCCCAAGGUUUGAAGGGGAGGAAAAAAAAAAAGAACACCCACUUUACAACAUCUGCCUUAGACAGCAACUUACAUUUGGGAAAAAAAAUAACUUUUGACUAAUUAUUACCACAACAUCAACUCAGGUGCACAUGUGGUAUGGUUUGUUGGAUUCUGGAAAACAAACAAACAAAAAAAGGAUCAAAACAAGCACACGACGACAACGACGACGACAACCACGAAACUUGAAAUGGAACCUGCUGCCAAAAUGUUGGCCUUCUUCUUGAGCGUUUUCAGUGUCGGCAUCAUCAAGGAAAAUUGUCAUGACGACCAUAGACGAGGAAACGGACCGUACCUUUGGCGUUGUGCUUUUUCUUGAGCUUAUGAGCAUUCCCCUUUGUAUGCUCCGGGGUUUUCCUUUUGUGCGUGUCCCAUAUUUUCUCCAAGUUUAACAAAUAAUCUUGUGUAUCCGUCAGGCUCGCAAAGGACCAAAGUUGGGACCAAAGUGCGCGUGUGCUCUUGUCCCGACUGAAGACUUAAGUGUACAUGAUUUGAGUGUGCCGUGUAUACAUCUAGCGUGUACUGUAUCUUGUUAUUGCGCUGAGAUGAAUUAAAAGGUCAUCUGAGGACAUUGUGUUGUCACUGUGGUGCAUUCAAGGACACUCGGUUUCUUAGGCACUGAAUAUUACUUAGUUAUACUAAAUAGCUAAUCGUGAUUUUUGGGAAAUGUAAUUAAGAGGACCUAUAUAUAAACCACAUGCAAUAACUCAUUACUAGUAUGUGUUACUCGUAUGUAUAUGUGUAUACAUGUACAUAUACGUGUAUCUAUAUAUAUUUGUAUGUGCAUGCACAUUGUGCACGUGAAUAUGCUACAUGUAUAGACGUGUAUAUACACGUCUAUACAUAUACGCGUUUGUGUAAGUGUAUAUAUGUACCGUAGCUCUAAAUAUUUAGCAUGUGAAUGCAUAUAUAUAUAUAUAUAUAUAUAUAUAGCCAACAAAAAUUUUUGGGGGGAUUAUACAGCCGAUGCGUGUGUAAUUCUGUGUUUGUCCAUAUGCAUAUGUACAGUACAUUUAUGUUUGUGUAUUAUGUGCAGAGGAAUUAUGUGCAUACAUUUGAGCACACGUACAUUUUUACUGAUACAAAUAUAAACGGACAUAUACACAUCAUGAUUACUACUAGUAGUAACAAAACCUAUUAGUUAUACUAUAUGUAACUUACUGCAGGUCCUUAAAAUACGUGUAUAUACAUAUUACCCUCCAACAACAAAAAAAACAUAUCUCCAACUUUUUUGGAUUUCUUAAAAAAAAAAAUACAUAAAAUUAAAAUAGAAUAUGAAAUAAAAACAAUUCAUUCAUUUUUCCUGUUUUAGAAAAAGAAAUUGAGAUACAUGCCUUUUUUUGUUUUGCUUGAAUUUUGAAGUUACAUCAUUACAUGUCAACGUCUAAAGGAUUCAAUCAAAUUAUUGUGAACAAAAUCAAGACGUGAGACAUUGGCAAAGGCUUGACAGUGAAUUGUCGGCAAGUUUUUAUUCAACCUCAAAUACAAACAAACUGCAAAAAAGUAAAAAAAAAAAGUAACCAACACGAGAGUCUGGACCAAUAAAUUAAGAGCCUCGCUUUUUGUUAGCGAGCACUUUCAGACAUCAAAAAUCAAACAAGAUGAAAAACAUCGUUAAGGCCAUAAAAACUUGACAACAGCUUUCUUUUUUCAUUAUUAUUUAAACGCUGAAAACGCGCACAGCGUUUUUUUUCCUUAAAUAGACGUAAAAGAGUUUUUCAGUCCUCUGCGUGGGCGGGAUGACGACCAACAAAACAAAACAAAAAAGUAUCCAUUUAAAAGCAUUUUUUCUCAGUGCAACAUGAGGAGCUACGACCUUUCUUUGUGUGAAAUUUUCAUGCUUGAAAAUGUAAAAAAAAAAAAAAUUUUAAAGUAACUUUUUCCUCGCCUGCUUUUUCCCCCUUACAAAAAAAAAAAAAAAGUAAAGCUAAACAAAAAAAACUAGGCUCAAGGGGCUCGGGUAAGGGUGGGGGAAAGUCGUCUUAUGUCUUUUUAGCGAUAUAAGCAGCACUUAAACGAUUUUUUUUUCUUUACAUACGGGAGAGACGCUGUCGUCAGCGCACACGCCGAUGAAGAAAGGGAAUUGUAAGGCUUUUUCUUCAUCAUCAUCACUCUUUCCUGGCGUCCUUCCCCACCGGGCCAAGUAUGUAAAAGACAUUUACAGGAUUAUGUACAAAAAAAUUCAUGGGAGGGGAGGGGGGGGGGGGGG